AUGCAAAAUCUCGUCGCCGCCGGAGACUUGCUGCGCGCCGUUCAUAGGUUUAGGAUAUGCACAGCAAAACUAGCCGAAGCCGGCCUUUUCCCUGCUGUCGGGCCAUCCGACGCUACUACGCCAGAUAACUUACCUGCAGCAGCAGCAGCGCUCCGUGAGCUAGAGGAACUCACCGGGUCACAAGGACCCCAGGGUCUUGAGAAAGUCGAUGGCGUUGCGAAGGAUAUUAUCGCCGUUCGAAAAGCAAGCACGGAAACUCGAAAGCGCGCCACCGCAAUUUUAAAAGCGGGGCUUGCGUCACGAACACAAACAGAUGUGGAAGCGGCGGUGUCUGCCUUCUCAUCUCUUAAUAUCCUUGAUGAUCGCAUUAAUGCGGAGCUCGCAAGAUUACUCAGAGAGACGCAGAGCUCCAUGCACCGAGCGCUGGAUGCUCCGCAUGGAGCUGUGGUGCCUGCUAGGGGGAGGGGACUCAGAGGCAUUCCUAGCAUUGGAUCUGUCGCGGCAUCUCCCGGAGGCGUUGAUGUAUGGGCGAACAUAGAUAGAAUGCUCGAGGUUGUCGCACAGGCUUGCUUCAAGGCAAUCCUACUUCAGCAAGUGCUAUCAAGAAAGUACUGUGAUGUUAGCCAUAUGUCUCUACUUCACGAUACCGUCGCUUCGAACUUCAUCGAUGCCUUGUCACGCACGAUGGCCGAGCAAAUUGGCAUGCUUGCCCGCACAAGAAAGCGACGGCCCGCCGCGGGUUACGUAUUUCUUGCUCUCGCGGAGGGCUUCCCGCGGCUGAAAUCGUCCCUCGUCAAUUUAUCAGACCGUGUCAGUGCGCUGGCACGUGUUUCCCCCACGCCAAUCACCAAAAUUGUUAACGCAUCAAAACUUCCUCUUAUCCCGAACCACGAGUUCAUACAGAAUGCUUUCUUCAGCGCAGUGGUCGAAGUCGAGACGCAUUAUCUCACGGCCUCUCUCGAACGGCUGACUGCGUCUGUUUCGUCAUUCUUCGAAGGCACUAAGUAUGCCGGUGAGACAGAGGCUCUUACACUGACAAAGGCGCUUGCAGCUGAGCUCACGGCUGCGCGUGGUGACAAGCAGUUGCUACGCACCGCAGUCAACAAUGUAGCCACAGCGCUUCGCUUGUACACAAGCCACGCAGAGGACUACGCCGCGGCGACAGCUAUAGAUGACGAUGGGAGAGCUCUCGGGGAGGUGGAGGAAUGGCGGCUAACAGGUUUGUACAACGGAAUGGUAACUCUAGCAGUAUCGGCUUCUAGAAUUUUAGGCGAACGUGAUGACGGAUCAGGACCAAUCCCCGAGCCCAUCUCUAAGGAAUUGGGGACGUUGAAGCAUCUGUGUGAUUUGUUGCUUGACGGACCGUUUUCAACGUGCAGGAGUAAUAUUCGCAAGGUGCUGCUACGAAUGCAUACAGAAGACUUGACUGGCGAAGUAGGGGAUGAUGGUUGCAGCGUUUACGUGUUAGAUAUCUCCUCUCAAAUAUCAAUGUUUGCGGAUGGAAUCAUUCCCGGGCUAACUCGUUCGCGGUCAUUGGGAAAAUUCACACUUGAUCUGGCCAAGUGGGUGCUGGAUGCAUUUGCACAGAGCGUGGCUUUGGUUUUUCCACAAACUGAGCUUGUCAGGCUGAGAUUGUCAACAGACAUGGCGCGCAUUGAGUUGGCAGUCGAAAGUCUAUGUGCAGCCCGACUUCUAGGAAAGAGCUACCAGUGCAUUCGAGCCUUGCGAACGACUAUGAUGUUGAAGACGGAGGCACUACACCAAAAUGAUGAAGAGCUCUUCGACCAAUUGAAUGCUCUUCGGCCAUCGACACUGGCUCAUUUGCUUCUUGCACGUUCGAGUGAAGGUGGGUUGAAACAACCUCACCGUAGGCAAGAUAUCUCUCCGAGCGAAUACGCGUCAUGGCUAGAAAGCCACACUGAAGAAGAAGCAUGGGAACAAGUAGAACUCUCUCUGGAGGAGUACAGAACGACUGAAUUGAAGCCUGGGAGUGCUCCUUGCCCCGAGUAUAAGGCCGUAACGUCCCUAUGCAAGAAACUACGAGAGUCUGAAAACUAAAAGGGAGCAAACAGUCCAUUCUAAUCAUAACUAAAAUCUACGUUUGUAGGUUUUCUCAGUGUAGCAAUACUUUCUCUGACAGCUCUGAACGACUAAACUUCCGACGUGCGCCCUGAAGCAUGGUGA